UUCUUCCCUCUUCUCCUUCUCCUUCUCUCUCUUUCUCUCUCUCUCUCUCUGUGUUCUCUGCUUCUGUGUUCGCUCGCGAAACCUACUCCUCCUCUCGUUCAUGGCGUAGAGCGCCGAAGGCACAGAGAAGAAGCUCGAGGCGGAGCUUCUGCGUCUUCCAGAUUGGGGAGCCGAGAGCUUUUCCCCUCGAACCGCUCGGUCGGGAGUCUUGGAAAUCGACCAACAUGUCCCAGACCAACUGGGAAGCUGAUAAAAUGUUGGAUGUUUACAUCCAUGAUUAUUUAGUGAAGCGAGACUUGAAAGCCACUGCUCAGGCUUUUCUAGCUGAAGGGAAAGUGUCCUCUGAUCCUGUUGCAAUUGAUGCCCCCGGAGGCUUUCUUUUUGAGUGGUGGUCGGUUUUCUGGGAUAUUUUCAUAGCUCGGACCAAUGAAAAGCACUCAGAGGUUGCAGCAUCUUAUAUUGAGACGCAGUUGAUCAAAGCGAGGGAGCAGCAGCAGCAGCAGCAGCAGCAGCCGUCCCAGCAGCCACAGCAUCAGCAACAGCAGCAGCUACAAAUGCAGCAACUCUUUUUGCAGAGACAUGCGCAGCAGCAGCAGCAGCAGCAGCAUCAGCAGCAGCAGCAGCAACAGCAGCAGCAACAGCAGCAGCAGCAGCAGCAGCAGCAGCAACAGCAGCAGCAGCAGCAGCAGCAGCAACAGCAGCGAAGAGAUGGAGCGCAUCUUCUAAAUGGAAACUCCAACGGGCUUGCAGGAAAUGAUCCCCUAAUGCGACAGAGUCCUGGAGCUAAUGCCCUGGCCACAAAAAUGUAUGAGGAAAGAUUAAAAUUGCCACAUCAGAGGGAAGGUUUGGAUGAAACAGCUAUUAAGCAGCGUUUUGGUGAGAAUGUGGGCCAGCUUUUGGAUGCCAAUCAUGCAUCAAUUCUGAAAUCAGCUGCUGCCACUGGCCAGCCUUCGGGGCAAGUGUUGCAUGGUACUGCUGGUGGGAUGUCUCCACAAGUUCAAGCUCGUAACCAACAGCUGCCUGGAUCCACACCGGACAUAAAAAGCGAGAUCAAUUCUGUGUUGAACCCCAGAGGCCCUGGUCCAGAAGGAUCUUUGAUAGGAAUUCCUGGGUCAAAUCAGGGUGGUAAUAAUUUGACUUUGAAAGGCUGGCCCCUUACUGGACUAGAUCAGCUUCGCACACUUCAGCAGCAAAAGUCCUUUAUACAAGCCCCACAGCCGUUUCAUCAACUACAGAUGCUACCACAACACCAGCAGCAGCAGCUUAUGCUUGCUCAGCAAAAUUUGACCUCACCAUCUGCCAGUGAAGACAGCAGAAGACUCCGGAUGCUUUUGAACAGUCGGAAUAUAAUGGGCAAGGAUGGACUUCAAAAUUCCAUUGGAGAUGUGGUCCCGAACGUUGGAUCACCUUUACAAGCUGGUGUACCUCGAGGGGAGACAGAUAUGCUGAUGAAGUUAAGGUUGGCUCAUUAUCAACAGCAACAGCAGCAGCAGCAGCUCCAACAGAACAGUAAUCCUCAGCUGCAGCAGCAGCACCACACUAUUGCGAAUCAGCAAUCUCAGAGUUCGAACCACAAUCUUCAUCAACAAGAGAAAAUGGGUGGUGCUGGCAGCGCUAACGUGGAUGGUACCAUGUCGAAUUCCUUUCGAGGAAAUGAUCAGGUUUCAAAAAACCAAUCUGGGAGGAAACGAAAGCAGCCAGUGUCAUCUUCAGGUCCUGCCAAUAGCUCUGGAACUGCAAAUACUGCAGGUCCCUCCCCUAGCUCUGCACCUUCUACACCAUCAACUCACACUCCUGGUGAUGUGAUGUCUAUGCCUCCAUUGGCACAUAGUGGUAGUUCGUCCAAGCCAUUAAUGAUGUUUGGCGCUGAGGGCACUGGAAGUCUUCCAUCGCCAUCAAAUCAAUUGGCAGAUAUGGAUCGAUUUGUAGAGGACGGAUCUCUUGAUGAUAAUGUUGAGUCUUUUUUAUCUCAUGAUGAGACAGAUCCUCGAGAUACUGUUGGUCGCUGCAUGGAUGUCAGCAAAGAAUUCUCAUUUACUGAAGUGAGUACUAUUCGAGCAAGCACCAGCAAGGUUGUCUGUUGCCACUUCUCAUCAGAUGGAAAACUGCUUGCUACUGGUGGACAUGAUAAGAAAGCUGUGCUGUGGUAUGUAGAUACUUUAAAGACAAAAACAACUCUGGAAGAACAUUCUUCUUUGAUCACAGAUGUUCGAUUUAGUCCAACCAUGCCACGCCUGGCAACAUCUUCUUUUGACAAAACUGUCAGAGUCUGGGAUGCUGACAAUUCUGGUUAUUCUCUUCGGACUUUUAUGGGGCAUUCUGCUACUGUUAUGUCUCUGGACUUCCACCCAAAUAAAGAUGAUCUUUUCUGCUCUUGCGAUGGGGAUGGUGAGAUAAGAUACUGGAGCAUUAAUAAUGGCAGCUGUUCGAGGGUAUUCAGGGGUGGCACAGCCCAGUUGAGAUUCCAACCACGUCUUGGAAAGUAUCUUGCUGCAGCUACAGACAAUUUCGUAUCUAUAUUUGAUGUAGAGACACAAGCAGGCAGGCAAACCUUGCAGGGGCAUACUAAGUCAAUCAAUUCUGUGUGUUGGGAUUCUACUGGCGAGUUACUUGCAUCUGUUAGUGAAGACUCUGUGAGAGUUUGGGCAGUUGGGUCAGGUAGUGAAUGGGACUGUGUACAUGAAUUGAGCUACAAUGGAAACAAGGUCCACUCCUGCGUGUUCCACCCAACUUAUCCUUCACUUUUGGUGAUUGGCUGCUACCAGACCCUGGAGCUUUGGAAUAUGGCCGAGAAUAAGACAAUGUCUUUGCCAGCUCAUGAUGGACUAAUUGCUGCAUUGGCAGUGUCAAAUGUGACAGGCAUGGUUGCUUCAGCUAGUCACGACAAGACAGUGAAGCUGUGGAAGUGAUACUUUGGUAUCUCCAGGUUGGUUUGGCGGCAGAACGCAGAAACAACAUAGGGACUAACAUGCGAACCUGGGCUUUCUCUCUCUCUCUCUCUCUCUCUCUCUCUCUCUCUCCCUCUCUCUGCCGGCACGCUCUUGUCUGCCUUUGGUUUGGUCGGAACUGUUUAUUUUUGGUGGCUUGUCUGAGAAGGCUCCGAACCAGAACAAUGAAAAUGGAAGGUCUGGGGUGGCAGGAUAUAGAAAAAUUUCAAUCCUGGAUAAUCUUGGUACCGGUCAGGCGAGAGAUUAUGACUCGCCCGCCCUUGCAUCGCCUUCAGUCAUAUCAUUUUAUGCUAAAGAUACUUUGCCGCAUUACGGAUCUCAUCUUAGUUCCGUUCUCCCUCCCGCCCGGUGAAGUGCAUAAUUCCGUUAACCUGCCGUGCCACCCGAGGGUUCUCCUGUCUUUGCUUAGUGUUCGUACCAAGCAGGUUUUAUGCAUGUGGUGGGGCUAAAUACAGAGUCCCAUCAUACAUAAUGAGCCGCGACUGGCGAUUGACCGUAGAAAUUCCUACAUCAUAAGAGAGUUCUGGUCCGAUAAUGUCAAGUUGAUCUGCUGCA